UCUCUGGUCCUUUUUAGAUUCUCGUCUUUGGGAUUCAUAUCGCGGUGAGCUGGAAUGUUUGGAGCGCGUCCCUUCCCUGUCACCGUGUCUGUCUAACCAGGCGCGAGGCUCAGCGCGCAGCACCGUCUCAGACUGGAGGACUGUGGAAUCCUGGGGGGCUACGCUGUUUCCUUCGGACUCCAAAUGUAAAGUUAAACCUGGAGGUUCAGCUAUGAAGGCAGAGCAAAGCUGUGAGGAGACGCAGGCUACUCGGGAGGUCAAGGAUCUGUUCGAAAAACCUGCUCAGGAAGAGGAGGAUGCCCCGGAGAAGCAAGACGAGAUGAAAUACGUCGAUGUGGAGUUAGUUGAAGUCAACACAGGCGAGGCAAAACUGGAGAAAGACUGCUGCUUUGGUGAAGGAAACCAAAUGUCUUUCCUUAUUAACAGCGGUGUCGACGAGGAUCUGCGCGCAACGGAACCAAAACUGUCGAUCAAAAUCAAUAUUGAGACUAACAAGACAGAGGAUUCUGAAGUUGGGAAAUGUACACAAGAUGUCAAGGAGGGUCCUUCUGAAUCGUCCUCGUUAUUGGAUCCCCCCUGUAAUAACGCAAAGUCGGGGAAUCAACCCAAAUCAGGAGACAAAGGCGAGCGCGUAAUUACGCAAGUGUCCAAAACAGAAGAGAACCCAAUCACGCCCAGAGGUGAGGGGUUACCCUGCAGUGACACUGAUCAGUGGAGGAGUGAGGAUGAUUAUGAGGAGGAUGAUGAUGUUAGUUUGGUGCUUUCAUACGCCUGUGUCCCGUGCGUCACUGAGGAUGAGUCCCAUUACAUUACCACGCACGAGAUCCAGCUCUCCGAGCUUUCGGACCACGAGGAGGACUACGACCUCGGAGUGGCCUCCUCCGGCAGCUGGGCCAUUGAGGAUGACUACCAGGUGUACUCUUUUGUCGAUUAUGCUUCUUUUGAGGGCGAUGAAGAGGAGGGGGGCAGGGGCUCGCGCGGCUCCGCAGCAGGAGUCAGCACUCUGCUUGAAAGUGAUCUGUGCGACGCGGCCAAGUUCCCCAGCUCAGAUGAGAGUGUGUCAAAGCCCCAGCAGCAGCAGUGCAGUGGCAACAGUGCGGGACAGAUCCACCUGUCAAUCAGAACCACUCGAGCUAUAAAUGACCCUAUCCAAGAACAGGGAAACAUCCUUUAUCAUGCCAGCCGCUCCGGGGACACGAGUCGGUAUGUGUUUAGGGGAGUUGACGGGAAGUCGGAGACGUUGUGUGACAGGGCGAAGUGUUUCAUAGCCGCGCCCGGACGCUUGCACUUUGGCCGCAGAUUGAGGGGGAAAGAGGUCACCGAGGUUUCCAGCGGUGCGUCCAGCGCUGUCAGCGAACUGGACGACGCUGACAAGGAGGUGCGCAACCUGACAGCCAAAUCCUUCAAGAGCCUGGCAUAUCCUUAUCUUGACGCCAUUAAUUUCAGCACAACAAGUGAAUCAUCAUCAGAACAUGGGAAAGGGAUAAACAGGUGGUCCACCUUUGUCGACCUGAAAUAUGGCAAUAUGAAUAUGUCAAAGGGAAUGGAUAAAAGUGUGCUUUCCCAUCAAAACUCAUCGGCCUCAUUUGAAUUAGCCAAAAAUAUAGACAAUAGAGGUUAUAAGGGCAUUGCACUUGCAAGCAUCAAACCGCCCACCAGCAAGAUGUUCACUCUGAAUGGCAACCCCCACAGCGCAUCGUCAUCUACAAAGCAAAUAGAGCUGAUGGGGGAAUUCAGUAAGGGCCACGGCGGACUGAUAACACUCACAGAGACUCUGAAUUUUCGGUGCAAUGUGAAUUCGGGAAUGUCUGAGGGAGAAAUGCACACUAACUUUGCACAAAAUGCGGCAGGAUCACGUUCCACAGAUGAAGUUACCAACAGUUUGCCAAGCGGCAAGGGGAGAGGGGCCAGCAAGUCGCCCUGCAAAACCAUGGAAGACACACACAAGAAAGCCAUAUUCGCCUCGAGUCUGAUCAAAAAUGUGAUUUCUAAGAAGAUGCAGUUUGAACAGGAGCGCAAGAUGGAAAGAGGGGAGAUCCGCGAGGCGCAGUGGGAGCAUGCAACGGGCUUUGCGCACCAGGAGAGCGACAGCUACAGGGGGAAGGGAGGCAGGGAGCUGCACACACAGAGCUCCAGGUUCUCCGAGAGCAGCUCGGACUACACCAUAAUGUGUCUGGAUGAAUUAGGAGACAUUGUGGACAGCGGCUCAUGUGAUACCAAAAGCGACUCAAGACGCCGGGACGCGACCGCAUCCGGUCCAGAAACUAAUUUGGACCCGGUAAAUGAAGCUGGAAUCAAUACUAAAAAAGGGGCAUUGGAAGCGCCCAAAAGUACGCUGCUUCGAAGCCAAAAUAGCGCAUUCAGAUGCUGGAAGGACGAGGAGCAAGAGUUUAAAAAGGAUCAUAAAAACGAUCAAACUCUGGAGAAGUCGUCUUCAGCUUACGAGAAAGAGGGCGAGGGGCAUCAGUACUCGGCUGGCAGCGGGAAACUGACUAAAAUGUCACAUUUGUUUGUGCCAAGUAUCCAACUGCUGUCCACUGACGGAGAAGAAGAACAGCAGCUGCGGAGCAGGAGUUAUUCUCCAUAUGGAGAUGAAGGAGUGAUCCAAGAACGCUCUGAUAACAUCGCUGAUUCCAGGAAUGUGGGCAAAUCUAAAUCUCCGGAAAUAAAAAUUAAGUUAAGGAGCUUCAGAGAAAAUACAACGGAGCAUUUCGGCGUCUCCAAGCUGCGCGCCCCUAAUAUAGGCUGUAACGCAGCCAACCUCGGCAGAACAGAUGACUUCAAAUGCCACGAGCUGGCUGCGGCUUUAAAGGGUGAGUCGUCGGAUAAAGUCCCGCAUUUCAUGGUUAGAGACAUUAGAGAUAAUAAAUCAAAGUUGCAAACGCCCAUACACCAAGUGAGAGACGUGCGUAAAUUGGUUAAAAGUUCGUAUCACUUUGUUUCUUUGGAUAACAACGAAAAUAAAUCAAACUUUCUAUCCGUUGACACCCAUUCAGAGCAAAAUAAGCAAAUGUCCAAUCGAAAUCCUAAUUCGAUGUCCCCUAUAGUUAUCAAAUGCCAGUCUGUGAACACAAAUAAUAACGGAAAAUAUUCGGAAAAUACGGAUUUAUUUAAACGGGAGAAGUUUGACACAGACAGGUCGUCUCCAGAGGGUGCUAAACAUGCUCCUCUGCAGAUGGCAGCAGGGAGAGCACACAUGGGCAACCUGAGUCAUUCCUCAGAUGGAUAUAUUGCAUUGAGAAGUGAAAGCAGAACACCUUCAAAGAAGCAAGAACAAAUUGCAGAUAUCAUAGAUAAGAAACCUGAAUCAAAAAUACCAAAUCAGGGGCCUUUGGAAAAACUCCAGGCUGCUGUGAAAACCAUGGAACAGCUCUAUACGUAUGACAAAAAUGAAUGGAAAAGGAAGAAUGAGUCCCAUGUCCUGGCAGACAGACAUGUGCUUUCGCUGAUUACCAGUGGAGACCAUGGGGGACCUGAGGAGGAAGCUGGGGGGUCCAACAUGGACAAGACAGUCAGAAGAGACUCCUUUCCCAACAAUGACAAGCCCCCUCCAGUGAUAUCUGGCCCUGACAGCCUGCUGAGGUCCAUGCAAGGUAACAGCACAGCCGCAAACAUGUUCAGCCUCAGCUCCAGCCUUAAGGCAGCCGCGUUGGCAAAGCAAAACUCCAACACACAAACCAUACCUUUCAGCCACAACAGCUUUGUCCCAAAAUCUCCCAAGCUUCCUGUUUCCUUAAAGAUCUGCCCUAUGUAUCUACGUAGAAGUGAAGAAGCUCAAUCAAAGGAGGAGAGGCCCGCACGGGAGUUCCUGAACGCCUCAGUUGACAACGAGAACUACCUUACCAUUCCGGUCAAGUCUCACGCCAGCAUUAACAAACAAGCAUCGUCCGCUGAUAAACCUUCAGUGUACACGUAUGCUCCCCAGAAACAACCAACCCCUCCUUCAGGACCUUUGGGAUCAUUUGUGGAAAACCACAACCAGAACGCACAGCGCUCCAGCAUGGUGAUGGACACACGCUCACCAGAGGUUUCCCCUGCAACCAUCUACCACUCUCUACCAAUGGGCAUGUCCAUCAGUCAGCCUCAGGUGUACUGCUUUUCUCCAGCCAUCACCCCAGCUCCUAUCAUGGACCCCUUCCAAGCCACCCAGAGGAAGAUGCUGCUAGAUCCCACCACUGGAAACUACUACCUGGUGGACACUCCUGUGCAGCCGGCCACUAAGCGCCUCUUUGACCCUGAAACAGGCCAGUAUGUGGACGUGCCCAUGCCUCAAGCUCCUAUGACCCCGGUGCCAAUGCCCAUGUCACCUUUGGCGCUCAGUCCAGGAGCUUACGGACACCACUACAUGAUCUACCCCGGCCUAAUGUCCUCACCGUCCCUCAUCCCGGCCCGGACCCUGGUGCAGUCCCACAUGUCGGUUCACUCGGAGCCGGACAGCGGAGACAAAGCCUUGUCCCAGCAGCCUGAGGGUCUGUACAUGGAGAGCCCCUUCUACAUGGCCAAAAGAAAGUCCCCCCACGCUUCCUACGGGCCUCCGCAGCAGGCCGCCGCCCACAGGCACCCGCAGGGCUUCUCCAGCGCCAUGCAGCCGCUCAUCAGCAUCAGCUCCCAGCAGGGGCCCCGCAUCAUCGCCCCCCCCUCGUUCGAUGGGACCACCAUGAGCUUUGUGGUGGAGCACAGAUGAGCAGUAGCUUACCUUCACAGGGCCGGGUCUGAGUGGACGCUGGACUGUAAUGUCAUUUGUCCUUUUGUCAUUUAUUUGAAUCGACAACACAAUCUCUUUUCUCUUAUUUGUUGGGUUUUAUGCAGUGUCAGGACUUUGUCACAAUGAGUCACAAAAUACUAUUAAUAUAAUGUGUCUGUUGAACUGGGUAGACUUCCUGGUGGUCUCUCUUUGUGUGUCUCUUGGUAAGUUAUGGUCUAAUGACAACAUGGAUACAGGUUGUGUGAUGUUGAGGGUUUUUUAAUUAAGUCAUUUAUGAUUCAUAGCACAAAUCCUUUAAUUGGAAUGUCAAGUUUAUGGUUUUUGUCUUCCAAGCAUUUCGUGCAUGUAGAUGGUCUGCAAAGGCUGACAUCCUCGUGUUCCCUGCAGAGGGAGUUUUGCUAGCAGGCAGUGAAAGUGGGACCUCAGGAGGACUCUACUGUUUGACCUGCAGACGGAUGUUCUUUUAGUCCCGUUAGACAUGCACUUCUUUGUGUUUCAUUGUUUCUGAGGAAUCAUGUUGCCACUCACUUAUUGUUUUGUACUAAAUAAUUCAGACUGUUGAUCUGCUGGCCAGUUCAUCCUUUCAUUUUGAAACGUUUUGUUACUUUACUGACUUUAUGCUAAGACACACGUUAUUUUAUAAUAACUGCAAUAAAAAUGAUGUAGUUGUUAUAAAAUAAUUUAACUCUUGGAUUUUUUUUUUAAUAGUGUUCAUGUUUAUUGGUAUUAUAUUGAAAUUGAUAAUACAACGAUUAUAAAAGUUGUGUUGGCAUAUUAGUUAUUUAGUAAUAGGAAGUUUACAAAUAGCUAAUGCUUAACUGUUAUCACUGUUUUGGAUUGAAAUGAAGUUUAUCACAUUAUUGUGAUUGUGUUGGGAAUACGUGUUUCAUUAAGAUUGAAAAAAAGUCUAAAUGAAAGACAGCCCAUUAUACAAAAUCAUUCUGAUUUAUGCUCAGUUUUUAGCUUUCAAUGUGAUAUAAGUCUUCCGAAACUAUUUAUAUUUCUGAAAGCUCCACAAAUUGUGUAUUCUCCUUUAAUGUGCAUUUUCCCAUUCUCCAAAUUGUAAUAGUUUGUCAAUGAACUCUCUGGCCUCUGCCAAUAAAUGUGCCACUGUCACUGUUUUGGGGAUGUUGCAGCAUUUUGCAAAUCAUAUUGUAGCAGUUGUUGAAUGUCCAUGGAGAGUAGCUCUUAUUUUCCUAAUGUGCAACAGAGGAAAAGUACAUUUAGUUGUAUAGGGAAAUUAAAUUCUUUAUAAGUGUAAAUAAUCAUUUUAACAGGUCUAAAGAAAGGCCUGCUGUUCUGAUACAAAGCCUUGCACAAGGACCCUGGAACAGGGUGGGGGUUUGAAGCUUCCUGCUGCUGGAUGGUUCAUAUUUUGAAGGUUUAAGAAAGUUGACGUUUGUGACCUCUGACAUGAGGAUAACUUUUUUUUGGAAUCAAUACUGAAGGUUUGAUUCAAUGUAGAGAAGAAACAGAACAAUCUUGUCCCAAAGUGAAUGUGAUGCUCUAAGUAUAGCCUAGUUUAGGUUUGUCAUUUUGAUGUGUUUUGUGUACAGUGUUGUUUCAAAAUGAUGUCAAGAAUACCGCAUGACAUGUUUCAUCAGAUGCUGUUUUGUAAAAUGCUGUGUGAAACUGUAAUAAACACGAACCCUUUUGCAC